GCCCAGAAGCCUGCACCCUGAUAAGCCUCACACAGAUAGCUCAUCAGCAGAAGGCAUGGGUGCUGAUAAAGCCCCCGUGCAGAUGACUCCUUUGCGAAAAAAAAGUGCUCCAAUAAUAAAAGGAUGACAGCAAGGUCGCAGCACGUCCUGUGUGCAAGUCGUCCUCUUCCUCUCCCAGCAGGAAGGCAGACUGUGGGAGCUAAGCAAAAUCUUCCUAGGUAACUUGGACAAGAGCAUGUUUGAACAAAAAAGGCAAAUGAAGAAUGAGUAAGAAGUCAGAUGGGGACAGAGAAAAUUUCAGAAAAGUGUGAUAAAUGAAGCAGUAUGGCUCUUCUGAGUGUUUAUGGGCUCAGAUGUUUCGUUGUGCAGAAGGAUAAUGUGCAUCCCCCCAUCCACCCUGAAGAACAGCAGCACUGACUGCUCCCAUCCCCUUUCCCUGCCAUCACUGCCAGCAGAACUUCAUAGACAUGAAUUCCUGCAGUUUGUAAAUGUGCACAGACUGCCAGAGCCCCUGUCUACUGGGCUCACUGCUGUCCUGGAUGAUGUUUGUCUGCAAGCAGCUGCCCUGACAGAUGCUCCUUCUGCCCAAGCUGCCCACCCUGUGCACAGAGCUGGUCACAGGCGCUGGACGCAUUCAGACUACCAAGGGAUUCAGGCACCCUUCAGUCAUGGGCUCCUGUGCUCUUCCAGCUGGCAGGCAGGCAGGCAGGUUGUUGCUCCUUGCUUUAAAAAUAUGGUGGCAUCUGACUCAUUUUCAAUCCGUACUGUUCCAGAUUUCUCAGUCUUCGAGUAUGCCUGUGUCCCUUUGUGAUGGGUCAUAAUUCAGUGGCUUCUCAGCACUGCGCUGAGUCUCUCUGAUGUGUUUGGGUUCUGCAGCUCCACAGAUCAUAUUCCCAUUUGCUGGGCUACAUGAUUGCAUGAGCAUCCAGCAGCUCUCCCCCAAAGAGUGGACGUGUGCUUAGGAAACCAGUUAUUGGAGAGACUCCCAACAGACUGCAGCAGCAACGUGGGUGAUCAGCAGCAGAGGUAGCUGCCAGCUGAUGGGCAGGAUUUGCAAGACGACAUCUUAUUCUCUGUCGUCACUCCAAGCCUCGUGGGCAGCAGGCAAUGUGUCUUGGAACUCCCUUUGCUUGCAGCAUGUAGCAGGGCUAAUUUAAUUAAAUGUGAUCAAACGUGGGUUUGCUGGAAUUGCGUAGGAGAGGUGCUGGGUUGACUUAGCGCUGGCCGUGAUGGUAGAUGAUCAUGUGUCUGAGGUAGUACAGGUCCCCACCUCACUUCAUUUAGGCCAGGACUGUAUCAUCUCCUGGUGUAAUGGGUACGUUACUGUGCAAGGCUAGUCUCAUUGCAGGUCUGGUCAGAAUGCUGAAGAAAAAUAAAAGCAGAUUAUUCUGUAUACAGAGAAGGGCUGCUGGACUGCUCAGGUAAAUGGAGAAGGCUGGAAAGACGAAAAUCCAGAAAGGAUCAUUGUUUAUAAGCUGGUUAAGAGAAUAAAUUCCAGGAGGAUUGAGAGUUGCAGAAGUUUUGAGACAGAGGGAAUAGACUGGCAAUAAAUAAAUUAAGGCCAAAAAUGAGAAUGUUUCUGACCAUACAGAGGUGUGCUGAGAACAUAAAGGUGACGGUGGGAUCCGUCUCUGUCAGCGUGGCACUCGUGCAGUGGAAGAGUGAUGGCCUUGCAGAACAGCCUCUUGUGAUCCCUUCUGUAACAGGCUGAGCGUGAGCAUCUGAAGGAAAAAGCAAACAUCAACUUUAGGUGUUGUGCUAAGGCAGUUUACAACAGUAUUUGUAUUUAUUAGAGAUGAUGGGUCAUAGUGAGGUUAUCUGAACUGAGCAUGGCUUUGAACUAUGCACAGCAUCUCUCCUUUUCUGUUUGACAAUCCUAAUUUCAGUCCUUAAACCAGCCUUAGCCUAUCCUUAUUGCAUCUCUAAAAGCAGCUGGUUGCCUAAUUCCUUUUAACAUUUGUUGUGAAGUCUUGUUUGGUGAGAAGGGAGUUGGGAGGUGGGCAGCCUUGGCUGUGAGUGACAUCUCCUGGCGUGCAGAGCUGCCUGUGACAGUGCGAUGUCGGCUGGAGGAGCAGCUUCCUAUUUGUCUUGAGGCUCUGGAAGAUGCUGGGGAUGAUCCUGCUUCCUUGCCUUCACACAGAGUGCCUCCCAUGCUGGUGUGGUCCUUCCUGGGUUAUUCACCAAGAGCAACAGGGUUUCUGCAGCAAAACUGCUGUUAGCUGGAAUGGCUGCCAACUUCAUUCUCAGUUGAUAGCUAACUCGGAGACAAAAAGGAUAUUUGAUCUGUGUAUGUUCUGGGACCUGUACCACUCACUGGAUGCAACCAGUGGUAGCCCCUACAAUAAAACAGAGACCAAAAUUAGAAACAGAGAUGCCUGAGCAGCCGGGCUGUGCUCAAACAUCUGGAGAGAGCUUAAUACCUGCACAGUUGGGCAGGGCUCCAGCACCAGGUGGCUCUGAGCUUUGGGGUGGAGAAGAAGAGAAGCAGUGUCAUUUCUAUGCCUACUUAUGGCCUUAUGUGAUGUUUUUAUCACCACUUACAGUGGGCAGUAUGGAAGAAGGAGCAGAUAUCUGUCUCUAUUUGGGUUCUGGCUGGGCACAGAGACAGAAGAUCAUGCCUGCUUGGUCUUCAGCUGAGGAAAACUGCUAGUGGAAGAAAAGUCCUGGGGCCUGGCAAUCAGAGGUGCUACAGGGUUAAGUACUGCUCUGCUUGGUGGAGACUGAGGAGUGUUUGCACGGCAUUCAGAGUCGUGGGGUGCAAAGGAGCUGGAGGAGUCUAGGGAAUAAGUUAAUUCUUCAGCUACUGCAGAACCUGCAAUUAUGCCUAGAGCUGAUGGAGGUAAUCAAGUGUGCAGAAAAGGGAACUUGUUCAAAUACCUCACCUUUCUGAGCAAAUGGCAGUCACAGGUACCAAACCAAAGAUGUCCUGGACAAGAAAGAUUCUACUCAUCCUGGGAUUCCUUUCUACUUUGGCUGUAAUUGCUUUAAUUGCUGUAGCAGUGACCCAAAACAAGCCACUUCCGAAGAAUAUUAAGUAUGGGAUCGUGCUGGAUGCGGGGUCAUCCCACACUAACCUAUAUGUGUACGAGUGGCCAGCAGAGAAGGAGAACGACACUGGAGUGGUGCAGCAGGUGGAGGUGUGUAAAGUCGAAGGCCCCGGGAUCUCAGGUUACUCCCAUGCCACGGAGGAGGCAGGUCCCUCUCUGGCACAGUGCCUACGACAGGCAGAAGAGGUGAUUCCCUCAAAGCAGCACCAAGAGACACCCGUCUACCUCGGAGCAACUGCUGGCAUGCGGCUUCUCAGCUUGGAGAAUAAAAGUGCAGCUGACAAAGUCUUGUCCUCAGUAGAGAAGACACUACGCUCAGCUCCCUUCAACUUCCAGGGUGCCAGAAUCAUCAGUGGUCAGGAAGAAGGAGCCUAUGGAUGGAUCACCAUUAACUACCUGCUGGGCAAUUUCAAGCAGUCUGGCUGGACAAAACUUCUACAUUCCCUGAGAUCCAUAAGUGAGACAUCAGGAGCACUAGACCUCGGAGGAGCCUCAACACAGAUUACCUUUGUACCAAAUGAAUUCUCUUCUGAGUCCCCAGAGAAUCUGCUCUACUUCCGUCUCUAUGGCAAGGAUUACCUAGUGUACACGCACAGCUUUCUCUGCUAUGGGAAGGACCAGGCUCUGCAACAGAAACUGUCCAGGGACUUGCAGACCGUGGAGAACAGCAGCCUCUUUGAUCCGUGCUUUCACCAGGGGUAUCAGAGGACUAUAAAUAUAAGCGAUCUCUUCAAAAACCCUUGUACAUCAGCCAAGGAAAAGCAAUUCCCUUUCAGCCAGCUGUCCAUACAGGGAGAGGGGGAUUAUCAAAAGUGCCGAAGAAAUAUCCUGAAACUCUUUAACAAAACCAAUUGUCCUUACUCCAGUUGCUCCUUCAAUGGGAUAUACCUACCUCCAUUACAAGGGGAUUUUGGGGCUUUUUCUGCUUUCUACUUUGUGAUGAACUUUUUGAACCUGACCAGUGAACAAAGCCCCGUUGCCCUGGACAAAGUUGCCAGCACCAUUGAGAGCUUCUGCGCCCGGCCUUGGCAUGAGGUGAAGACAGCAUAUCACCAAAUAAAAGAAAAGUACCUGAGCGAAUAUUGCUUCUCAGGAGCCUACAUCCUCUCCCUCCUGGAAAAUGGCUACGAAUUCACUGAAAAGAACUGGCAAAGGAUCCACUUCCUCGGAAAGAUUGGCAGCAGUGAUGCGGGCUGGACCCUGGGCUACAUGCUGAACCUGACCAACAUGAUCCCUGCGGAGGAGCCUGCUGUGCCCCCUCUUUCCCAUGGCAGCUAUGUGGGGCUGAUGGUGCUGUGCUCCCUCGUGCUGGUGUCCGUGCUCCUGUUUGCCUGGCUUCUCUUCCACAAGCCCAAGUGCCUGCAGAAGGGGAUUGUUUAGGAAGAGCCUUGGGGGACAGGGGCCAUGUCACCCUGGCUGCUCAGGGCUAGGAGACCCUGGCAGAGCAGGCUGUACUGAAGAGCCCCUCUCGCCUCUCACCGAAGUUACUGACUGCACAACAAGGGCAUUUAUUUCUUCUGACUCACACUUGCACUGACAGAUGUUGGGACAUCAGGCUCGCCACCUCUCUCUGCCAAGGACAGACAAGCAGGUGUCCCCUCCUUGAAUGGGUCGUACUUUCAUUCAAUGAAACUUUGCUGCUUGUUGGUUUUUGCCUUGUGCACAGCAUUAUAAAGAGAAAAGUGGCAGCAAUCUUUGGGAGCUGGUGCUCCUGCAAGGGUAAUCUCAGGGUCACACAUCCCACUGAGCUCUUGGGAGUGAUCACACACAGGGUGAUCCUGCUCCUCCUCCACUGAAGCUGUUCCCGACAGCCCUUCCCGCACCAGCACACCUCCGCUCGCCUCCCCGCACCCUGAGCCCUUGCAGCCCUACAGCUGGGUACGGCCAUUUGCACCCGGCUGGCUCCCGAAGGUUGGCCAGGCUCCCAAAUGCCACUCUGGGAAACGAAGGGAUGAGGAUGAAGAAACUGAGUGUGCUGGUGGUCAUCUGCCCUUAGCUGGGCUCUGGUGGCUGUCUGCUCCUUUCGCAGGUGGCAAGAAGCCUCUUUCCCACGUCUUCCUGAUGUUGUUGCUGGACCAAAGCUGGCUCACUGUUAACACUGAGCCAUUCCCAUGUCCCUAGGGUACAUCAAGACACGAGUUCCCAGCCAGGCAUCGCUGAUUUUUGUAGGAACAGUUCAUACUGGCCGAGGAUCCUUGACCAGUAUUGAGUGCUUAUGCCUACAGGGACUCUGCUGUGAUCAGCGUGCCUACAGGUAUACACCCACUAAAGCAAUCCAGUGUCACUGUGCUGAUCGUACAGCAGCUUCUAAUCUAGGGAAAAUGUUUAAAUGUUUAUUAGGUCAUGUUCCUUUAUAAAUAGACAGCUGGCAGCAGUUAACCAGCAUGAGCAUGCACAGAUUGAACCACUCUUUCCACCAGCAAAAUAAGUGAAAAUUUGCCUUUCCUUCCCUCAUGGCUUAGGCUUAUCCCAUGACCAUAAGACCCAGGGCUUGUGAGCACACACACUGCAGCCCAUCUUCUAGCACACAACUAGGAUGAUGCCACUAAUCAAGUUUAUGAAUCACUUUCUUCUGUUUUCCAUGCCUUGGUCCAAAAAAAGAAAGAGAGGUAAGUCAGAAAUCCAUUUUUAUAAAAACACUUGGAAACCACUGGUGCCUGUCUACCUCCCACGAAAUCUCAGAAAUCUCUUCUCCUAAUGACCUGUAAGUGCUGGAGGCCAAAAGAAAGCAGAUAUUGUGGAGAGAAAGGCCUGGCAAACACACACUUCACCUGUUUCCCCGAGCAAAGCUGUAGGUGUGGAGGGGAUCAGGUUGUGCAACCCCAAUAAAGCCUUCUCUUUUAGGCAAGCACAGACACAGAGCUCGGGGUUUUCAUGCUCUUCCAGCCUGCCCAACUGCAUAGUGCAGGCUGGAAAAUAUCCCCCAGUUAUUUCUACUUCAUGAUUGGAAGUAGGAGCUGUAACAUAUUGAAGGACCUAAAGGUAAGGGAAAAAUCUACCCUGUCUUGUGGUAAGAUCUUUGGGCAGUUCAUUGUUCUUCCAAAAAUCUGUGUCUUAUUUUUGCUCUGAAUUAGCUGGCUUCAGCUUCUGCUGGAUCUUGUUCCGCCCAUUUCAGAAAGACUGAGUAACUCUCUGCUAUCAAAAUCCCUUUUUUCUUGUUGGUGCUUGCAAGUCGUCGUUGUAUCAUUAAAUAGAUUGUUCUUCAAUCUGUAAAGUGCUCUGUGCUGACCUCACUGGUAGCUCUUGACUCCACUUCUUUGAAAAUUUUUACAUCUUUCUGAAAUUUGGACACCAAAGUUUUCAGCAGCAAGUGGUAGUAGAGUCAUUAAUAGUGUAUGUAAAAGUAAAACCCUCUGGUUUUGAUCUAUAUUCUGUGUUCCCCAUUCAUAUAUCUCAGGGCCAGGUCUGCUGACUUAAGAGAGUUUUGGGGCUGUUUUGUCGAGUUGGACUAUUGCCACUUGGCCUUUUUUUCCAGUCAUUGCAGUCCAGAACAGCUGCUGUCUCACACCGUACAUCGCUGUCUAUUAACAUGAGCCGCUUUGCCUUCCACGUGGCUCCACUGAAACAUGUACUAUUCAAAGAAUAUUCCCGCAAGCAAGUGAUCCAGAUCAACCCGCAAUGACACUUCCCUGCACUGUUUGUCCAUUGUCCAGUUUUUGUUUUAUCUGCAAAUACACUGAAAUGUUGGAAUUCAUCUAGAGACGGAGUCUUCCUUCUGUUGUUUUCAGCAAAGAUAAGUAGGUAGAUGAGAGACUAACUAGUUUUUGGUCACAGCUGGAAGGCAUGCAGGAGGAGCGUGUGAUCAGAGCUCCUUCAGCUCCCCAGCCAGCCCUGCUUGCAACACAUCCUGUGCCACCUUCCUUGCAUACGGAGUCUUUGUAGCAGAGCAGGUACCAUGGAGAAGCUCCUCACGUGAGCUGGUGCAUCCUUCCUCCACAUGAACAGUGUGGAAAUCUGCAGAAUGGUAAUUCCUCUCCUGAGAUCUCCUCAGGGAUCUGGCAGCUGCUUAGUUGUGUCCGUGAUGCUGGAACUGGCAGAUCCAUUGGGACAUUUCAGAACUUGAUGCAGAAACUCCACGUGGAAGCUGGUGUAGAGAGAAAGCCUGUGCCGGUCUGCUCUUCUGGUCCCUGCUAAGGGUUUAUGCCAAAGAAAAAGGUCAAAUACAGAACCUGGGAGAAGAGCUUUAGCAAUGUUUUGUAUCUUUAUUGCAAGUCCCAUAGUAUUAAUAGUGUUAGCACUUGAUUCUGGAAUUUGGAUCAGCUGGUAUCUUUGCUUACUCCUGUGGUGGUGUGGUCCAAACCACUAAUUUCACGACAACACCCUCCUGCCUUCCUUCUCUUGUUUUUUGGUUUGGGCUUUGGGUUUUUUAAAGCUGUAAAUGUGACUUGAGUGCAACCUGAAGGCCACAAACUAAGAUAAGUACAAAAUAUGUUACAUUCUUUUUAAACCUUAUGACUUUUAGACCACGUUUAUGAGUCAAUCUCUCCAGAACUAGAAUUUCUAAGGUGACACCAGGCAUGCCAUUUAAAAAAUCACUUGAACAGGCUGAGGCUCCAGGCAUUGGUUGGCUGAAGGCAUCCUGUCAGGGUGAGACCCUUGCAUAUAUCACUAGCUGUACUUGAACCUUCCCAGAGAAGCAUAUGAUUUUUUCUCCCCAUUUCUCCUGCUAUUGAAGGACUUUAUCCAUGGAUGCUACUCAAAAUCCUUGGUCAAAGAAUCGAAGUUUAAUGAGCAUUCAUUUCUUUGCUUCUGUGCUGUAUCUGACCCAGCCGUAUUCAGCUCAAAUGUGUGCUCCAGAGCCACCCAAUGUGUACCUGAAGACCAUUAACGAUAGUGGGAGGAAUUUCCAAAUAUGCCAGUAAUAAUAUGGUAUCACUUUUCUUCUUAAUGCAGUUGAUCUGCCUCACUGAUAAUUAUCUGUGCCUUAUUUCUAAUUUGAUAGCUUCUGGCUUUAAUUUCCAGCCACUGGCUCCUGUACAGUUUUGCUCUUCUGGGUUAAAACAUCUUUUAACACCA